GUUUAUUUUUCAGUUUAAAUCCGAUAUAUAUAUAUUGAAGAUUCUCUGUUUCAAGUGAAAGCUUAAGCCUCUUCACCUUUUUAUCUUUUUGGCCUAUUUUUGCUUGGACUGUAAGUUGCUUUUGCCUCAUCUUGUUUCUCCUUUCCUAGGGUUUCAUUUCCUUUUUUGGCCAUUAUCUUCAAAGGCAGAACCUCUGAGCUCGACCCAAAUUCCAGAAAAAAAAUAAGAGGAAGGAUAUUAUAUAAAAAGAGCAUAAUUGGAUGGCUUGGAAUCAGAGGGAUUGUUAUGAGGUUCGGUGGUUUGAGCUUUGAAGCUGAUGUGGAAGAUUGAAAGAAAGAAAGAAAUAUUUUUUUUAGCAAAAAAAAAAAGAUUUUAUUGGUUGAAAUGACGAGUUCUGGAAUAAUUUAGAAACUAUGAGUUGCAACGAAGAAGAAACAGGAAACGUCGUCGUUUCCAACGGGUCGAUGACGGCUGCUCAAGAGUUGACCAUCGAUCGAAAUUUGCUCAUUGACCCGAAAUUGUUAUUCGUCGGCUCCAAAAUCGGAGAAGGAGCUCACGGCAAAGUUUACGAAGGAAGGUAUGGUGAACGGAUUGUUGCGAUUAAAGUUCUUCACCGUGGGAGGACGGCCGAGGAAAGGGCUGCGCUCGAGAGUCGUUUCGUUCGUGAGGUUAACAUGAUGUCUCGAGUGAAACACGUUAACCUUGUCAAGUUCUUUGGAGCUUGUAAGGACCCGCUGAUGGUUAUAGUAACCGAGCUGUUACCCGGAAUGUCCCUCCGGAAGUAUUUGGUUAGCAUCCGUCCGAAGGCUUUGGACCUCCGCAUGGCUUUGAAUUUUGCACUGGACAUCGCCCGAGCCAUGGAUUGUCUGCAUGCCAAUGGGAUUAUACAUAGGGAUCUAAAGCCUGACAACUUGCUGCUUACUGCAAACCAGAGGUCUGUGAAACUCGCAGAUUUUGGUCUUGCGAGGGAAGAAACCGUGACAGAGAUGAUGACUGCAGAGACCGGAACUUAUCGUUGGAUGGCCCCUGAGUUGUAUAGCACGGUGACGUUGCGUCGGGGAGAGAAAAAGCAUUACAAUAACAAAGUUGACGUCUACAGCUUCGGAAUCGUCUUAUGGGAACUGUUGACCAAUCGAAUGCCAUUCGAGGGCAUGUCGAAUUUACAGGCAGCUUAUGCCGCUGCUUUUAAGCAAGAGCGACCUAGCCUUCCAGACGAUAUAUCCCCCGAGCUGGCGUUUAUCUUACAGUCAUGCUGGGUCGAGGACCCUAACAUGAGGCCCAGUUUCAGCCAGAUAAUGCGUAUGCUGAAUGCAUUUCUCUUCACGCUCACACCUCCUUCACCUUCCGUACCCGAAUCCGACACCAGCGAGACUGCAGAAACAAGUAGCGGAGCCAUAACGGAGUUAUCCUCUCGAACAAAGGGUAAGUUUGGUUUCCUUCGUCAAUUGUUCACCGCCAAGAAGACAAGGAACUCUCAUUGAGGUUGAAGUUUUGAAGAAAAACAAAAUUUUCUUUUUCGUGCCAACGCACACCAUAUUUUAGAUACGUAUUUUGACCGAACCUCGUCUUCGACACCCCCUUUCAUGUUGAUAUUAAAUGUUACAUUCAUCAUCACCAAAAGGCAAUCGUAGCGCAAUUUUUAUUUUUCCGAGCAUGUUCCAUGUCCGUUUUAUGGUCUAUUUUCGAGUUUUCGAGGUUUGGGGUAACUCUUGAAUGGUCAGAAUAGAAUA